UCUCCUGCCUGAUGCAGCCUUCCUACUGGUUCAUUGGCUCUUCCUGGUUCUGCAGCGGCUUCUGGCCUUCUGACUCAAACUGGGAUAUCAGCUCUGCAGAUUUUGAACUUUCCAGCCUCAAUAGUCAUGGACAGAGGUCUUGCAGAUGGCCCCGCUACCGGGGGCAGAGCUGGUCCAGAGGCCGCUGCAGCUCUACCGAUACCUGCUGCGCUGUUGCCGGCAGCUGCCAACCAAGGGCAUCCAGGAGCAUUAUAAGCAUGCUGUCAGGCAGAGUUUCCAAGUUCAUUCGGAUGAAGACAACCCUGAGAGGAUCCAGCAGAUUAUUAAACGAGCCAUUGAAGACGCUGACUGGAUCCUGAGCAAAUAUAAAAAACAAAACUGAGACUCCAGGACGUAGUGAGUGCAGCUGCCUUGGAGACACUGAUAUUGAGAGCCCUCGCUUCGCCUGGCACUAAGCA